GGGCGGGCGGGCGGAACAGCGGCGGGAGGCGGAGCGGCAGCGGCGGCCCCGGCGGCGGCAGCAGCAGCAGCGGCGUUAGGGCCCGGCCCGGCGCGGGGCGGGGCCGCGGGGCGGGCCGGGGCGCACGCGCCGCCCGGUGCGGGGCGAUCGCGCCGCUUCGCUACAUUGUAUCCGCCGGCGGCGGAGAACAAUAGGCGCCGCCGCCGCCCCCGGGCCUGGGCGCCGCGGCCGCCCCCGCCCCCGCCGCGACCCCCGACACCCUUCAUGCGCUUCCCCUGCCCCGGGCGCGCCGGGCCUGGAACAGGACUGCCACUGUUGAGUCUGUGGGAAUAUGAAUCAGCAGCAGCAGAGAAUGGCUGCAGUUGGGACAGACAAAGAGCUCAGUGACCUGCUGGACUUCAGUAUGAUGUUUCCCUUGCCAGUGGCUAAUGGAAAAAACAGACCCACGACCCUUGCGAGCACUCAGUUUGGAGGAUCAGGCUUGGAUGAAAGGCCGGGAUCAGGUUCCUGGGGAACGGCAGAUCAAAACAGCUCCACGUUUGACCAAGGAAGGCAGAGCUAUGGUGAAGGCCCCCACUACGGUGAGCACCGGGACCUGCCAUCCCACAACAGCAUCUCCUCGUCACCGUUCCUGGGAGCUGGACUCGUGGGGAAGAGCAGUGAAAGAGCCUCAUACUCCACGUUUGGAAGAGACACAGGGAUGCCAGGACUAAACCAGCCUGGUUUCCUGCCCAGCGAGAUGGGAAUCGCCAGCCCGAGCACGCUUUCCCCCACCGGGGGCAAAGGGGGGUCUCAGUAUUUUUCUUACCCCAACAAUCCUCGCAGGAGAGGUGCAGAGAGCAGCAUAGAUGGACAGCCCAAAAAGGUUCGGAAGGUGCCUCCUGGACUCCCCUCCUCGGUGUAUCCAUCCAACUCAGGUGAUGACUACAGCAGGGACCCAGCUGGAUAUACUCCCUCGAAACCUCCCAGCACUGUGUAUCCUGGAGCCUUUUACAUGACAGAUGGACUCCACAACUCUCCAGACCUGUGGAGUUCCCCGGGUGCCAUGAGCCAGUCGAGUUACGGUGCCAUGCUGGGCAGCUCCUCGUCCCCGCUCCCACAGCCCAGCAGCUUCAACAGUUUACACCAGCACGAACGCAUGAACUACCAGCUGCAUUCCGGAGAGGUGAACGGCGGGCUCCCCUCCGUGUCCGGCUUCUCCUCGGCCUCCACGGCGUACGGAGUGUCCAGUCACACCCCCCCGAUCAGCGGCACCGACACCAUCAUGGCAGGUAACAGAGGAACCACAGCCGGGAGCUCCGGAGACGCGCUCGGGAAGGCUCUGGCCUCGAUUUACUCCCCCGACCACUCUAGCAAUAACUUCUCCUCCAACCCCUCCACCCCGGUCGGGUCCCCGCAGGGCCUCGCAGGCUCGUCGCAGUGGCCGCGGGCGGGCGGAGCGGGUGCCUUAUCUCCCAGUUACGAAGGGAGCCUCCACACUUUGCAAAACAAAAUGGAAGACAGGUUGGAUGAAGCCAUCCACGUGCUGAGGAACCACGCCGUGGGCCAGACCUCUGCCAUGCCCAGCAACCACGGGGACAUGCACGGGCUGCUGGGCUCAGCACCAGCACACAGUGCUGCCGUGGGCAGCCUGGGCCAGCCCUUCCCCGCCUCAGUCAUGGCCCUGGGGAACAGGCACCCGAGUCUGGUGGGAGGAGGCCACCCCGAAGAUGGGCUGUCCAGCAACCCCAGCUUGCUCCACAACCAUGUGACACUUCCAUCACAGGCCAGCUCGCUCCCGGACCUCAGCAGGCAGCAGGACACGUACAGUGGCUUGUCCGGGGGGCUGGGCCGGAGCAGCGUCUCCUCAGGAACGAGCGAGAUAAAGAGGGAAGAGAAGGAGGAUGAGGAGAACACCUCGGUGGCAGAUAACUCAGAAGAGGAGAAGAAGGAGCUAAAACCCUCCCGGAACAGAACAAGGUGCUCUUUGAACAGUCAAGAUGAGGAUGAGGAGGACGAUCUUCUUCCCCCAGAGCAAAAAGCCGAGAGAGAGAGAGAAAGGAGGGUCGCCAAUAAUGCCCGUGAGCGCCUGCGGGUUCGUGACAUCAACGAGGCCUUUAAGGAGCUCGGACGCAUGUGCCAGCUGCACCUAAACAGCGAAAAACCGCAGACCAAACUGCUAAUCCUACACCAGGCCGUAUCAGUCAUACUGAACCUGGAGCAACAAGUUAGAGAGCGCAAUCUGAACCCAAAAGCGGCCUGCUUGAAACGUCGGGAAGAGGAGAAAGUGUCCGGAGUGGUAGGAGACCCCCAGAUGACACUGUCAGCUUCCCAUCCUGGUCUAGGAGACGGUCACAACCCUGUUGGACACAUGUAAAGAUCUUUUUGUUCCUCUGGAUAUGGAGAUCUGUAGGAAGAAAACCCUCGGUGUGACCUGCAACCCUGUUGAACCAUAAACCAUAAACCAUGAACCAUGAACAGUACUGCUCAUACUGACACACGCAGACGGAUCCUGGCGUGACGUAAGGGGUGGAAAAAACACUUUGUCAAAAACAAAACGGAAACAAAAAAUUGCCUUAAGUAUAAAGUGCAGAACAGUCAAUACAUAUCACUCAGUUAGGAGGGGGUGGCGUGUUCUCUUGGCUUGUUCACAAGCAGCCAGCAGCAAAAUUGUGCCUAAGCUUGAUAUUUCUUUUUUAAAAAAAAAGAACAUUAGUUAUGAGAUUUUUUUAUGUAGAACAAAUAGCAAUGCCUUUUGGUUUUUUUAGCUUCUUUUGCAUAUGUUUUGUAAGCAACGAAAAGAUUUUUUUUUGUAUAAAAACAUGUCUUGUACCCUCCGCUUUUCUGCUGCUGUUUCUAUAGUUAACGUUGCAUCUUUAGGAUCAACCAGAAUAUUAAAAUUGUAUUAAGAGAGACUGGAUAUAAAGAGAGGAAUUCUCAGAUUCGGCUCGGAAAGCCACUAAAAGCGAAUGUAGCCACAGUGAGGGAAUGUUCUUCCUUGCCUGGCUUGUACCUUCCAUGACAAAAAACAAACUCGUGCUGAAUUCACCAUCUCUUUUCUUCGGCCACUUCUGAUUUGGGAAAAGGAAGUUAAACAGCAGAGCGAGUGGCAGCAGUGCUCCCGCUGCCCCGGCAGUGACCGAGGUGCUCGGCGGGGUUGGCCUUGUCCCGGAGAUGCUGGGAGAGAACAGCCCCGGGAGCAGGAGAACCAGGGACUGAGGCGCUUCCAGGUGAGCAGAGCAGCAAGGGAUGCACAGGGAAGAGCCUGUUCCACAGGGCAGAGCUGCCCGAGGCGCUUCCAGGAGCAGCACUGAACAAAGACCAAGUGAACAAAGCUGGAGCGUGGCAGGAGGCGGAGGCAGCGGAGCAGCAGCAGCGGGACACGGGGCCAGGAGGCCGGGACACGGGGCCAGAAGGCCGGGACACGGGGCCAGGAGGCUGGGACACGGGGCCAGGAGGCCGGGACACAGGGCCAGGAGGCCGGGACAUGGGGCCAGGAGGCCGGGACACGGGGCCAGGAGGCCGGGACACGGGGCCAGGAGGCCGGGCAGCAGCAGCCUGAGGGUGCUGCAGGCAGGGAAGGAGCAGCGAGCUGGCCACUCCAGCCUGGGCAAAGCCGUGAGCAGCAGCAGGAUCCCUUCUCGCACCGGAGCCAUCGGAAAUGCAAAAUGCUGCCUCGGGGAGAGGGGUGGCUUCACACCCCACUGUCACCUGCUGUCACAUCUCCCAGGCGUCCUUGGAGGCAAACUGAGCUCAGCACUGCCACGGGAUGUGAGUGGCCACCAUCACCUGUGCAUGGGCUCCUCCCUUGGCACUGGGGAGGAGGGCAGCAGGAGCUCCUGUCCGUGUGCUCCAAGCAGCCAGCUAUCCCUUCACUCCAAGGGAUUCCCAGUCACUCCAGACCACUCUGGUGUGCUCAGCAGGAGGAGGAUCCCUGGCAGCCCCUCUGGGUGCCCUGGAGGUGUGGAGCAAAGAGGUGCUGGGCAGUUCUGGGCUGCAGCAGCCGGUUUGGAGAUGGCCAUGGCAAAACAUCCACCAGGAAUUUACUCUUGUUUCUUCCCUCUCCUUCCCCUUGUGAAACGUUUUGUGCCUGGUUCUUCCCAGCUCUGCAGAGCCCAGUCAGGCAGGAUGGUGCAUGAGACAUGGGUACUGGUCUGGGGGAUGUGGGGAACUCCCCUCUCCCCUGCAGGCUCCAUCUCUCCCUGUGCUGCUCCAGCCUGGGCUCCUGGGGAAGCUGUGUUGCUGUGGCACAGGGAAAGGGAGGGACUGGCAAACAGGAUUAGGUCCUGUGGCAUUUGCCAGCAACCCCAGGCUCUUGGCAUAACCUGGUGCUCCUCCACGUGCUUUGUGCUCUGGCAAGCUCUGCUGGAAGUGCUCAGGGCAGUGCUUAUCUGCCACCCACGCUGGGCACUGUGGCCUCAGCCCCUGUGGCAGCUCCAAGCUGAGCCACUCCAAGUGCCAGGAUAGGAUGGGACUGUCCCUGCUGCCCCUGGCCCUGCCCUGGGCUCCCCAGCAUCCAGCCAUCACUCUGAAGCUUUUGGGUGCUCUCACCAUUCCUUCUGCGUGGUGAGACCUCAGCAGCCCCAGCUCUGUCCCUGGGAAGGGCAGGAAACUCAGUGGUUCCAGUAACCCAGGUGCUUCUUGCCUGUGUCAACAGACACAUUUUAGCCUAAACAGCUCAUCAGGUUACAACACUUCCCUCCCUGGGGCUCCUGUGGGUGCUGGAGCAGGGGGCAGGGAGAUGGAUGAGGUUUUUCUCCCCUUGUGACAGCCUUGACUCCAUUCAUGCUCUGGAGAGCAAACUGGAGGGCUCAGCAGCUGCUUUCUGUUUCAUCCUGCUCCAUUGGUGACACUGCAAAGUACCCACUGCUCAGGGGUUUUGGCUGGCUCAGUGCCCCUGUCCCAGGACCAGGAGGGAUGGAGCAGUGUCCCAGCCCUGGAAAGCUUGAAACCCUACAAAAAAAAUUAAAAGUGGUUCACAAACCCUUUGAUUUUGCCCCAAGAAUUGGAGGUGGCAAGAAUGGGCAACUGGACUUAAAGGACUAGUCAAGAAAAAUCCAUAAAUUCAACAAAAGUGGAAACCUGAGAAGAUUUAUGAGUUGUUCACAAAUUUGCUGAACUUCUUUAUCCCCUCCUAGUCCUGUAGGCCAAGGAGGAAUCCUGAUGAGCCAGAGCCUUUCUCACCAUCCCAGAAUCCCCAGGCAUUGCAACAAAAAUGGGGCUUUUCAUCUGCAUUUAGGUGGUUUAAGAUGUUACUUCUGACAGCAAAUCCAGCCAGCUUCCUUCCAUGGCAAGACUUGGGUGAAGAUCCUUGAGCAUGAGCCCUCAGAGGCAGGGUUUGGAGAGAUCAUCUCAAAAGCACAAUGUAGGGGGUGGCAGUGCUGUCCCUGGAGCUGCCUUGAUGGCACAGGGUGACAGUUUUGUGUGCCAGCCCAGUGUGGCCUCAGUGGCAUCUCUGCAUUCCAGGUGCUCAGGGAACAACUGGGAAGAGCAGCAAGGAAAAAUUCCUUUGUCUUGCCAAUGUGUUUGGCUCAGUGUGAACAUGGUGCCUGUAAUCUGCCAGGGAAAGUGGCUUUUCUAAAAAGAACCACUGCCAGGUGCUGUCCCCAAAAUACCCCCAGCCCAGCCCUGAAAUGUCACUCUGUAGCAAUGAAACUCUUGUCUUUAGGUGUGGUCAGUGAGGGCCAGGUCUGCACCUCUCUAGCCCACAGCUCUGCUCCAUUCCACUUGGGAUCUUAGAGAUCCCCAGACCUGCUCCUCUGCCUGCCUGUGUCCCCCACAGCAGUGGGGCUGCCAGGAGAGGUGUCACGGGGGGUGACAUGCUGUAUGGUGCCAUUUAUUCCAUCUUCUCCUUCCUCUCUCAGCCUUUGCUUGCAUGGCUGCUCCUGGGGACACGUGCCCUCUUCUUUGGGGGCCACUGAGCCCCCCCAAAGCUUCCUUCAUCAGAUGGGGCAGAUGCCUUCCCUUCUGUGCAGCUUCUAGUCCCUCUUUCCCCAGGCUGCAUCCCCGUGGAGUAGCAGAACUGGGGCACUGCCAUGGGACAUUUCCUGUGUCCCCAGCCCAGGGCCCUCCUGUUGCCCUGCUCAGCCAGCCCCCUGCCCCCCUGCACACAAGCUGUGCAUGCCACAGGACUGGGGAGCAUCUGCAAUCCAGUCUGUCAACGGGAAAAUGGCAGAUUGUUGUUUUCUCCCUUUUCACCUGCUUUUUCCCCAGAGCAAAGCAGCUGCAGCCUCCCAUGGCUUGGUACUCAGGCAGUGGUGGCAAUGUGGCUGCUCCUGCUCACAGCCCAGGGGCAGAAUUCCAGCUGUGUGGCAGUCCCCCCUGUCACAGCCCCCAGCCCAGGGGCAGAAUUCCAGCUGUGUGGCAGUCCCCCCUGCCCAUGACCCCCACUCACAGCCCCAGCCAGCAGCUCUCGGGGCUCUCUGCUCCCCUGCUUUCACAGCUGCCCCCCAGAGCCGUGCUGGCAGGAAGGAUGGACUCAACCUGUGGUUUCCUCAGGAGGCUGUAAUUCCAGAGUCAGGGCAGAAACUGCUCUCCAGGUCCCUUGUGCCCCACCAGUGUCCCCACUGAAGCCAGCAGAGCCUUUGGGCCCUUGCUGGGUGGUUCCAGUUGUGGGGGAUGGAGAAACAGGAGGUUCUGGCACCCCCCCAUCCCUUGCACCCCUUGAGCUUUGCUGCCAACUUUGUGGCGAGUGGAACCCGAGUUCCUCUUGCAGGCCCUGCUGUGCUGUACUGGGGAGCCUGGGCCAGCUGCAGUUCCAUCCCUGGGCUGUGGGAGGUGAAGCAAAGCUGGGGAUGGAGCUGGGCCAGAACAAGCCUUGAGCCCCCAGCUGCAGUGCUGGCAAACCCAGAGCAAGCCCUGGCCACUGGACUCCCCCUUCCUGCCCAACACCAGCAAUAGCAAGGCCUGUUUUCUGUACCCCGAGCUUGCACAAGGUCUUUGCCCUGGUAAAAAUCCUAUGCAAAUCUUAUCCCUCUCCCCUCUUCCAGGGCUCUGCAGAUCCCAGCCCAGCCAGUUCUCUCUGCUCUUGUCUGUAAUUCCUGCUCCCUGCUGCCCUCAGGGUCCAGCUUCAUUCCUGGCAGCUCCAAAAGCAUUUUGAGACCUGUGCUCUGGAGCUGGGAGGGGGCAGGUGAGACUGUAGGAGCACCCAGCUCAUACUGAGCACUGAACUGCAGGGGCAGGGCCUGGUCCUGGGGCUCCUGCACGCACCCUUCAUCCUCCUGUGCCUUCUGCUCCAUGCUGGUGGGGCUCUGCCAGCAUCCCUCAUCCCCCUGAAAGGAGAAGCUCUGUUCCACCUUGCUGCUGCCCAGACUGCCCUCUUCUAACUCCUGAGCCUCAGGCUUGGCUGGGGCUGCUCUUCCUUCAGCCACCACAAGCCUGAAGGGGUGUUUCCCUUCCUCCCAUGCUCCCCAGUCUCUCCAGCCAGCAUCUCUGAGCUGUUCCCCUUGGCAGAGGGGCAGCCCAUGCCAGCAGCUGCCCAUCAGCUGGGACACAGGCAGGAGGAUUUGAGGGGUGGGUGCUGCCAGUGUCCCCCAGCACAGCUGCCUCUCCCUGCUCUUGGGGACCUGGUGCUCUGUACUUUGAUUUCCAGGACAAUUCAGCCCUUUUGGGGAGCCAGCAGAGCUGUGCCUGCAGGACUCCCACGGGGAGGGGGCUCUGCUUAGGAGGGUGGUGCAGGCUCCUCGUGACCUUUUGCCAAACCUUGUGUGUCCAUCUGCAGCCCAGCUCUGGGCCAAGGGCACUCCUGUCGUGGGUCUCCACACUGGUAUCUCUGUUCCCCUGGGUUUGUACCCCUCCUGCUCCUCAGGGCUCCCCGUUCCCACCCUGGCCCAGCCAAGCAAGGCUCUAACUAACACUCACCCCUGGACAUCUCAGCCCAGCGUGGCUGCAGCACCAGCCCAGGAGAGCAGAGGCGUUUCUGCUUCCAAAGGGGAUGUCCUGGUACCAAGGCCUUUGGCCAAAGAGCAUCCCCGUGCCCUGCAUCCCUCGGCUGUGCCCUGCAUCCCUGGGCUGUGUCCUGCACCCCUGGGCUGUGCCAUGCACCCCUGGGCUGUGUCCUGCACCCCUGGGCUGUGCCAUGCACCCCUGGGCUGUGUCCUGCACCCCUGGGCUGUGUCCUGCACCCCUGGGCUGUGCCAUGCACCCCUGGGCUGUGCCAUGCACCCCUGGGCUGUGUCCUGCACCCCUGGGCUGUGUCCUGCACCCCUGGGCUGUGCCAUGCACCCCUGGGCUGUGUCCUGCACCCCUGGGCUGUGCCUGGGAGCCGUGGGGCUCCUGGAGGCAGCGAGCUGGGGACACCACGGGUCCCCCUUGCCAGGGCCACGUCUUCCCAAACGAGCAGAACCCACCAGCUUUUGGGCAAACCUUGUGCCAUGGAGCACCUGGGAGGGAAGGAGCCGCUGCUCCUGUGCCUGGGGAGGCAGGGCAGGGGGGACCCCGCGCUGGGAGUGACCUGUUGGGUGCCGAGGGCUCCAGCUCUCUGGAAACAAAGCAUUCCUGGGAUGUUCUUUAUAUUUUUGUAGGAAUGGGGGGUGGGAGAGCAGAUGGGAGAUGCCUGCGGAAGUUGUUUAUUUUUAACCCUGUAGAAAGUUAUGGGUUGUCUUUGGUUUUUGGCCUUUAAAAUGAAAAAUGGUCCUUGCUUUUGAUGUUUAUGCUGCCUACCUGUAAAUCCAGAUGUACUUAAGUGGCUGAAAUCCUUGUUCUUAAAUCAGAUACACAUUAUAGUUUUGAACUAUAUAUAUAGUAAAUAUAUAUAUAUAUAUGCCUAACCCAGCAAAAAAUAAAAAAAAAUAAAGUAUUUGGGGGUGGGAAAUGCAUUGCUCUUUGAAAUGAAUCACAAUUGGGGGAUGAAAUUGUGUUUCUGAGUGCCUCAAGAUAUGAAUUGUUUUCAUUUUUUUAAAUAAUUUUAUACAAGUGUCAAAACAGCUGGCUGGAUUAUUUGGAAUUUUUAAAUAAUCCUAACUUUUUUAAAGUAGAUUUUGAGAACUGUCCUGUAUAUAACAGUAAUGUAGCAAUAAAUGUGACAUUUUAUAACAAUA